AAUAAGCAUUCUUCGGGCUUAAUUGGAGAUCUAUAAACAUACAUUAGUUAAUAUGAAUUAUAGUUACAUGUUACCGAGAAUAGAUAAUAAAGAGAAAUGAGCGAAAUAUGGAAAGAGAGAGGAGAGGGAGGUUGAAUUCCUUUUGUAUUUGUUGUAUCAGAUUGUAUCACGAAUACAACCGAUACAACUUAUUUGUAUCACAAUGAAUGUAAUUAUAUUCAUUUUCGAAGGAGAGAGACGAGAGAGAUCGAGAGAGCAUGAAUACAUAUUAUAUCCGUUGUAAAACGAAUAUAAGUCUGUUCUUCUUCUGCUUGUAAGGUUGAUGGAGAGUAUAGUUUUACAUUGUGGGUAAUGAAAGCCGAAGGAAUCUUGGACUUACAUAUACAAUAGAGAAUGACCUUGUCGUUUACAUUACUUGACGCUCAUUCUAAAAAUAGUUAUUUUAAUUUAAUUGUCCAAAUUAAAUCAAAAGAAUUUUUAAAUAUCUUUUUAUUUCUACACUUAAAUUGGGAUAAUACCCAAUUACCCCCCUAGCCUAUACCCAAAAUCCCUACGACACACCUUAUCUUUGAUGAGGUCCUAUUACCCCCCCCCCCCGACUUAUUUUUUAAGUAAUAUACUACCCCUUACGUGCCUACGUGGCAAAAAUAAUCUGCAAUGUCCAUUUGUUUGUUGAACACACGUCGGGACCUACUUUUCACUUUUCAAUAAAGUGACUUUACACUUCCCUAAUCUGGCGUUUACUCUUUCCCAAAUUCAUUUUACCGAAAAAGUAGAUGAAGAUAGAGGGAAAGUGUUUGCAUGUAUGAUUUCAAAGCUAAGAAAUUAGAUUUCCAGUCAAAAUUUGAUUUUUGUUGUUGGAUUUUGGGAGUUAAUUUUUGCUUGCAGUGUGUGGAUCGAUUUCAAUUGUGACAGUGUGGGACGUGGGUCGAUUUCAUUCAGCUAGAAUCGUGACUGAGUUGAGUUCAAAGGUUAGUUUUUUCUUCAUUUAUUUUGUUUUUUGUUGUUAUGCUUAGAUUUUGUAGGGGUUAUGAAAUGUUAAAUAUUGAUUUCGAUUUUGAGUGAAAUAUAACUUUUAGGGUUUAUGUUGUGGUUCUGUUAGAUAUCAAAUUUCUUAUUUUUAGGGUUGAUGUUAUUCAUAUAUUCAUACUGUCACCUUUGUUGUUAUGGGUGCAUGUAACUUGUUAUUCAUACAUUUAUAUGAAACGUGUUUUGGGUGUGGGUUGGUUGGGUGGUAUUAUAUUUGUGUGAGUUAUGUUGUUAUAAUAUGAAACAUGCAAGAAGAUAAAGACGAGUUGGGUGUUUUUCUGUGCUGUCUUAUACUCUGGGUUACAAUAAAGUAACUUCAUGUUGGGUAUUGUGUUGUGUCUGUGUGGGUGUGGGGUUAAAGUUAAAUAACAUUAUCCUAAGAAGAAAAUAUAUGCUGGAUGUUGUGUUGUGUCUGUGUGGGGUUACAUACCUAAUUGUAAGAAGAUAAAGAUAUGUCGUGUAUUGUGUUAUUUAUGUGGGGUAUUAUGUUCUGUAUGUGUGGGGCUGGGUAUGUGUUUUCUUCAACUUGAAUUGUUUUUAUAACUAUUUGGGUAUAUAUUUUCUUAGUCAAUUAUUAUAUUCUAUUAGCAACUUUUACUUAAUUAUUGUUAUGUUUAUGCAUAUAGGUAUGAGUGGGUUUACAUUCAUUGCUUUAAAGUUUUAUCAUGGUGGGGCCUUGUAGUAUGAAGGUGAUAAAGCAAGAUAUGUGGGUGGGUUAGUGAGUGAAUAUUAUGAUAUUGAUGUGGAUACAAUAUCAUACUUUGAGAUUAAGGACUAUAUUAAAGAACUAGGGUAUAGUCCAAAUUGUAAAUUUAGUGUCCGGCCACCUAAUAGUUGCAUUUUAGGAGAUAUUGACAAUGAUGAUAUUCUCUUAGAAAUGUGCAAUUGUUUGCAAAGUGGUUCUGUUUUGGAAGUAUAUGUCCACAUGCCUGGUGAGGAUUCUGGUGCAACUUUUAAUAAAUUUGGGACCAUUGAGGAUAGUGGAUAUAAUCAAGGUGAAGCUGCUUAUAAUGGGGUAGAUAUAACUAUAAAUACUACCUCAAAUAUUCCUUCUACUUCAAACCCAACAGCUCUAAAUAGUGAUCCAUCGGAUUCUGAAGAUAGUGAAUACUCUGUUAAAGAAUCUAAUGAGUCAACUGAAGAGAGUGAUGAUUCUGAAGAUAGUGAAAUACUUGAAGAUGAUCAAUAUGGAAGUGAUGUUCAUGAGGAGUUAAUUCAACUGAGGGCUGAGAAAAGAUCUUUUCUGAGGAGGAAAAAAAGAAGGGAAAAAAUUCCUACAGAUACUAAAGAAGUAGCAUGUGGUAAUGCUGGAGCAGAUCUUGGGUUUGAUGAGACAACUAUCAAUAGCUGUACUUUAGAAGGAAGGUUGGGGGGUGAUGAACCAUAUUAUGCAAGUUCUGAUGCUUGUAGUUUUGAAACUGACACAGAUGAUAGUUGUCUACAGGAAGGUGAAAAAAUGAAGUUGAAACUGCCUAACACAAAAAGGAAAAAACAUACCAUUGAGAGAGUCAGAUUUGAUCCCAAUAUUAAGAAGAUUGUGUGGCAAUUGGGUAUGGUUUUUGAAAGUGUAAAAGAGUUUAGAUUGGCAGUCACUAAGUAUGCAAUUCAGAGAGGGGUUCAGAUUGAAAAGUGUGUAAAUGAGCCAAAUAGAGUAAGGGUGAGAUGUUGCAAGGUAAAUUGCAAAUGGUUGUUAUAUGCAAGUUUGGACAAGAAGACUAAUAACUUUGUUAUUAAGACUUACAUGCCAGUCCAUUCAUUUCAAAAGGCUACUAGGAAUUAUUUGUGCAACUCUAGAUUCAUUGCUACUGUUUUUAAAAAGAAAGUUAUUGAACAACCAAAUAUCAGAGUGUUCAAGCUGCAAGAGUUAAUCCGUAAGAAGUAUAAUGUGCAUGUUGGUAAGACCACAACUAGAAGAGCAAGAGCUAAAAUUUUGAAUGAACUUAUGGGUGAUCAUGUUAAGGAAUUUGGGAGAAUUCUUGAUUAUAAGGAUGAGUUGCUGAGGACUAAUCCUGGGAGUACUUGUGUGGUGAAGGUAGGAGAAGCUAAUGAAUCUGGUAGGCCAGUAUUUGAGGCAUUUUACAUUUGUUUUGCUGCACUCAAGAUGACAUUUAUGUCAGCUAGAAAAUGCAUUGGUCUGGAUGGUUGUUUCUUGAAGGGGGUUUGCAGGGGUCAAUUACUUAUUGCAGUGGCUAAAGAUGGCAAUAAUCAAAUGCUUCCACUUGCUUGAGCUGUAGUUGAAAAUGAGAACAGAAUCACUUGGAGUUGGUUUAUUUCUCUGUUGAAAGAAGACUUGAGAUUAGGAGAUGGAACAAGUUUCACAAUUAUGUCAGACAUGCAAAAGGGACUGGAUAUAGCUAUAAAGGAGUUGUUGCCAGCUUGUGAGGAAAGAAGGUGUGCUAGGCAUAUACUAGCAAAUUGGUCAAAGAAUUGGAGAGGGCUGCAAAGGAAGAAGCAGUUCUGGAAGUGUGCUAGAAGUACUUUUGAAGCUGAAUUCAGAGAAAAUCUGCAUGAGUUGUCUAAAUUAGGUACUGGAGGUAUAGGUAUAGUGGAUGACCUAAAGAAUAUUGGUGUAAGGUGUAUUUUAAUUGUGAAGUCAAGUCUGAUGCUAUAGAUAAUAAUAUGUGUGAAAGCUUUAAUGCUUGGAUUUUGUCUGCAAGGCAUAAAAUCAUUAUUUCUAUGCUUGAAGAGAUAAGAAUUAAGGUCAUGAAUAGGUUAGCUAGGUUAAGUGAAUUUCCAAACUCUUGGAUAAGCAGUUUCUCUCCAAUGGCAAUGAAAGUACUAGAACAAAAUAUUGAUAAGUCAAUGGCAUGUAACAUUGAGUUUAAUGGAGUAACUGGCUAUGAGGUUUUGGAUGGAUACAAACAACACACUGUAUGUUUGAGAAAGAGGGAGUGUAGUUGUAGAUCUUGGAUGUUGAAGGGUAUACCAUGUGCACAUGCCUUAGCUGCAAUGUUGCAUAAACAAUAUGACCCACAUGAUUUCAUUCAUCCAUGCUACUCUAAAGAGAGGUACUUGAUGACUUACUCACACUUCAUACAACCUAUGAAUAACAUGCCAAUGUGGCCAGAAUCAAAAAAUCCUCUUGUUGAUCCACCAGUGAUAAAACAAAUGCCAGGCAGACCUAGAAAGUUGAGAAGGAAAGAGGUUGGUGAAAAGAAGGUGUGUGGUAAAUUAUCUAAAACAGGACUAACUAUGACAUGUAGUCUUUGUCAUGUUAAAGGUCACAAUAAAAGAAGUUGUCAUUUAUAAAGGAGUGAUGGUUUUGGUUCUACUGCCGGGGAACAGAGAGCUACCCCUACUUCAAGUGUUGAAGAACCAUCAAGUUCAAAAAAAGGAAGGGGAAGACCAAAGGUACAUUACUAUUUUGUCACUUACUUUUAAAGUGUAAUCAACUUACUAAUAUAAUAUAUUUUUUUUGCUAAUUAGAAAUCAACAAAUAUUGAGAGUGAGCCUGUUGCCAAAAGGGGGAGAGGCAGACCUAAAAACACAAGUGCAAAUGCAAGUGCAACAGGGGAUUCAUGUACAAUUAUUGCACCUCCAACAACUUCAAGAACAACAAGAGCUAGAGCAAGUGCAAGUGCAUCAAGGGCCUCUCCUAGAACCACUGCACCUCCUACAACUUCAAGAGCACCAACACAUGAAGAAUGUGCAAGUGUAAAUGGUGUUGGAGUAUUAUCAAGAUCCAGGAGUGGUAGAGGAAGGGAUAGGGGAUUGGGAAGUGCAGGAAGAGGUAGUAAUCAUCCACUUGAAAAUUGGUUUACAUUUUCUCAAGGUAGUACAACACAUGGUGUAGACCAGAACACAAAUGUUGCACCAAAGGAAACUGCUACUACCAGGAAAGGAAAGGGUGUUGAAAACACAACUCAAUUUAAAAAGCCAAGAGUCACUGGUAUGAGUGUGUUUCAAGCUAAAAAUGGUUUCAAAACUUUCAAUGCAAGUAUUGCGAUGCAUUCAUAUUGUUUGUUCUCUAAUAACUUGCACAUUUAUUCUCUAAUAAUCUUAGUUCUCUAAAAAUUUUGUAGCCUGGACUGCCAAGUAGCACAAUAUUAGCCAGACCAAAGAGAAUUUUGAGAUCAAGUAUUGUAACUGGGGAUGUUGGUUUCAAACCGACAAACGGAUUGAAGUGGAAAGGAAAUCAGGCAAUCACAACUAGAAGGCUCCAGCAGAUUAGAGAUCAAUCAAGGCUUUCAAACCCAAAUGCUUCCUCCUCUUCACAAGCUCAACACCCAUGGAAACUAUAAUGUUGAUAUCAAUGGUGUUUUAUCAGUACUUUGUUGGUGGCCACUAUAAGUACUAUUUUGUUUCAUGUUUGAAGGAAAACUAAAUAUUCCUAUUUUUUGUUAUAGUACUGAAAUUACGGGUACUUAUGCAAUGUGAAAACUUUAUUUUGCGUAUGUGUUGUGACUUGUAUAAUUUUGGGCACAUUUAGAUUUUGUACUGAAAAUUUGCUCUUAAGCAAUGAAAUUCUGGGCACCUAUGCGCUGUGACUA